AUGUUGGUAGUUUUCAGGUGGUGGAAAAUCUCUCUUAGGAGUGAAUUUCGUGAAGCAAGACCUGGAGAAAUUAAAGAAUCUCAUGAGAAUUUUUUGGAUGAUUCAUCUCUUCAGAUUCAAAUUGCUAUAGUAUUUGGUGCCAAAGUCCUGGAACAUGUCCUCAAUCUGUGCCGAGGUAACUAUGACUUCCUGGAACGGCUUCCUGUCCCGUUGCUCCUGUACAUCAUUUCCUUUCUGGAGCUUGAAGAUAUUGCCAGGCUUUCUCAAGUUUCACACAGAUUUAAAAUGAUAUGUAACAGUAACACGCUAUGGGAAAGUAUUGUGGAGAACUUAUGUGACACAAUUACACCUGAAAUGAGAGAACUGGCACAGGAAAUGGGCUGGAAACAAUUCUUCUUCACAGACAAACUUCAGCUGCAGCUGCAGCUCCGAAGAAGGCGGCAGAAAGACGUUCAAGAGGAAAAGCUAACUGAAUAAAAGAUGCAUUUUCUCACUGAGGCAACAGUUGUAAGGUGUGGAUUUGUUGUUUAUCAGGUUAUAUUUACUGACUUUUCUUCUUUAUUAGGGAAACUAGGUUAACUGAAAGAUUAGAAGAAUAAAACCAAAAUAUGUCUUGCUAGAGGCCCAAUAUGUAAAUAAUAUAAUCUUUAAUAUGUUGGGCCUCUUGAAAUUGUAUUAUACUGAGCAUGACAACAGUUACUAGGAAUAGAAGAGAUUGUGGCUCCCUUGUACUUUGUUCUGACUUCUUACGAAUUUUUUAUACGUACCUAGUCCAUGUUUGGUAAUAGAUGCUAUGGCAUUGUCAUCAUUACCUUUAUAGAAUAGAGAAGAAAACCAUCAGUUCUUACUACAAGAAUUGCUGAUGAAUGCUGAAUUUUUACCGUCCACCAUAGUAAAUUUUCAGCGUUUAUAGGCAAGUAACAUAUGCCUGGUUCCAGUUUGAUGUAUGUUAAUAUGUUUUUAAAUUAACUAAUAACCUUCAAGCAAAUAAUCCCUUUGUCACCAAGAAGAAACUUCUUUGGUUACUGAGGGUGUGAAUCAAACCAUCUUCCUUGUCUUGGGACAAUCCAUCAAAAUCAUGUUUGAGGCACGCUGCCAAAAUGGGAUAGAGGCAAAUUUCCUUAAUCUUGCUGAUGAAGGAACUUCUUAGAGUAAUUGAAUUCUGUUGUUAGUUGUAUAUUUGGUAAGAGAUAUUUGCUAUCUUCUAAGACCACAAUAUUGGUUAUUUAAGUGUGUUUUAAACCAAAGGCAGUUCUUACUGACGUUUUUGAGAUACUCUAACAACCAAAUUCGGUAAUUAAGAGGUCAAAUAUUACUACUCUGAAAGCACUGAUUAAUUAAUUUACCAUUUGCCAUUGACUAGACUUAAGACCUGAGCAUUAAAAACAGUGAUUACAAUAAUAUCUGGAGGGUGUACUCAACUUCCAUUGAGUUCACUUAGGUUGCCUACAUAAGAUCUACAAGUUAAGGCAUUGUAGUCUUUAAAAUCAUGUAAAUGAUUAGCUCUGUUUAAUCCAAAACGUAUUAUAAUCAUCUAAAAUGAUUAUAAUACGUAGGGCACCUAAGAUUAAAGGUCAGUAUCCUUGUAAAAGUGAUGUGAUAAUAUAUAAGCAGACUCAAAGUUCUACUCUAAAAUUAUGCAGGAAUUAAUUAUGGCAUCCAGGCUAACAGUGACACUUGUACUGAUAAAUUAUCAAAUUCUACCUAUAAAAAAAAAAUUACUGAUUGCAGUGGCAUUAAAUGACCAUUAGAAAACAUUGAUUUUCUUUAGCUUGUCUCAUUUUCGUCAGUGCUUUUGGGAAGUUCUAUUU